CGCGCAGAUCAGACGAAACGGGACAGCAGCGGCGUAGCCACGGCCACCCCCUGUUUCGGCUACCUUCUCCAAGAAAAAACAAUCCUUCUUCUUUCCUCACUUGCUCGAUGAUUCCUCCCGCGCUGCGGCGCCAGUAUAUAUACAGGGCUCGCCACAGCUUCGUUCCUCACCAAAAUCAUAAGCAACCAACCAACCAACUGCAAAGCAGAAGCAGGAACGAGAGAUCAAGAUCGAUCUUUCUCUUUGAGUUCCCGGAGCGAUCGAGUGGGUUAAUGGCGACCGCCGGGAAGGUGAUCAAGUGCAAAGCGGCGGUGGCAUGGGAGGCCGGGAAGCCGCUGUCGAUCGAGGAGGUGGAGGUGGCGCCGCCGCAGGCCAUGGAGGUGCGAGUCAAGAUCCUCUACACCGCCCUCUGCCACACUGACGUCUACUUCUGGGAAGCCAAGGGGCAAACUCCGGUUUUUCCAAGGAUCUUGGGCCAUGAGGCUGGAGGCAUUGUUGAGAGCGUCGGAGAGGGCGUGACCGAGCUUGUGCCAGGUGACCAUGUCCUGCCGGUGUUCACUGGCGAGUGCAAGGAUUGUGCUCACUGCAAGUCAGAGGAGAGCAACCUUUGUGACCUCCUCAGGAUCAAUGUCGACCGAGGCGUGAUGAUCGGUGAUGGGCAGUCCCGCUUCACCAUCAGCGGGAAACCGAUAUUCCACUUCGUCGGGACCUCUACCUUCAGUGAGUACACAGUGAUCCAUGUUGGGUGCCUAGCGAAGAUCAACCCCUCGGCACCCCUCGACAAAGUUUGUGUUCUCAGCUGUGGUAUCUCAACUGGUCUUGGUGCGACGCUCAAUGUCGCAAAACCGAAAAAGGGUUCGACGGUGGCAAUUUUCGGUCUUGGAGCUGUAGGCCUUGCUGCCAUGGAAGGGGCCAAGAUGGCUGGGGCAUCAAGGAUCAUCGGUGUGGACUUGAACCCUGCAAAAUACGAACAAGCCAAGAAGUUUGGCUGCACCGACUUUGUAAACCCAAUGGACCACACCAAGCCAGUGCAAGAGGUGCUUGUCGAGAUGACAAACGGUGGAGUCGACAGAGCCGUGGAAUGCACGGGUCACGUCGACGCCAUGAUAUCCGCCUUCGAAUGCGUUCACGAUGGGUGGGGCGUGGCGGUGCUGGUGGGUGUCCCCCAUAAGGAGGCGGUGUUCAAGACCCACCCGAUGAACUUCCUCAAUGAGAGGACCUUGAAGGGCACCUUCUUCGGCAACUACAAGCCGCGUACCGACCUCCCGGAAGUCGUUGAGAUGUACAUGAGGAAGGAGCUGGACGUGGAGAAGUUCAUCACCCACAGCGUGCCCUUCUCGCAGAUCAACAUGGCCUUCGACCUCAUGCUCAAGGGAGAGGGACUUCGCUGCGUCAUGAGGAUGGACGAGUAGAUCCAGCUUCUUCAUCGCACCCUCGCUGCUUUAAACAAAAGAAGAAGAAAGUUAUAAGGACUUCCCUCGAGUAAUAAUGUAUAGUCGUUAGAUGCACAUGUGUCUUUUUUGUCACCGAGAACGAACAUGUAUGUGUUUUGUGCUCACGGUUUGGUCUUUAUAUUUCAGUGUGUCGCCACCCCUUCUGAGUGUACAUGAACAUUUUCCAGAGUAAUAAUAGUCUGCAGUUUCUGUGUUUAA